UUUUCCUUAAGGUAUAAUGCCCAGUUGUUGCCCACUUGUUGGUGAUGCGUCGUCUUGUUGGUAUCUGGACGGAGAAAUUGUUGGGCCGAUUCUCCCAGUUGUUGGCCGAAUUCUGACGACUGGAUGCAAGAUGACACGAGCUGCACAAGGUUAAUUCAUCGGUGAUGUGAUGUUGUGCUGAGACCUGGAUGGAGACGAUGAUUGAUGGCCAAUCAUCCCAACCCUUUGCCGACGUGUGGAGUGGAUUGAAGGUGACAAGGGGGGCUGCCCAAGCUUUUUUUAAAGAAUCGUGAGUAACACCAAUCCGCCAUAUUUCUUUCCGAGACGCGACAUUUUCCACCAUGAGAAUCAAAGAGGAAUCGGUUUUAAAUUCUCACUUGGAUGAUCCACUGAUGACGUGGCCUGAAAGAGCUGUCCAUUUUGCCGAGAUGACGUCUGGUGUUCUCUGUAUUGGGCUUUACAUCUCAUUCCUGCAGAAACACUUUAAAUAAUAAGAAAAUUUUGACAGUUGCGUGUGCCGACUGUCUAUCACAGGCAGCAGUUGUUGUUGCCCAGACCCGAGAAAGGCCACAAUCGUCGUUUCCAUCGCAGUUUUGAACGCACAAACUGCGCACUUGGACAGUGUAGCAAAUGGGAGGGAGACUUUUUUCAACUAUACGUGGCACGACCCGUAUAGCUCAAACGGAAAAUCGUGAUGGAUAUAAAAGGCGGCCCUGUUGGCGUUCAAAUUCUACUCUCCAAAAACUCCUGUCGAAAAUGAAAUCCUUUUCAAUUUUCUUCCUUCUACUCGUCUCGUUGGCUGUCGCCACGGAGGCCCAACUUACCAAUCAACGAUCAUCAAGCACGGGCACGUCGAAUAAUCCUUCGACAAGCCGCAACUUUGCCGCCAUUUUGAAAGCGGAAAUGGCCAUUCGAUCACUUCCAUCCAGCGGCAAAGCGUGUUUGGACCGAUUUUCAAUGGCGGCCAACGGGACCGUUCGUCCCACCAUUUCUAACUCCAUCAACGGGCAAAGGCAGUGCAGCUUCUUCAUAGACGCACCCGCCGAUAAGCUCAUCCAGAUGACCUGCUCGGUCGUCAGUCUUAAAAGUCCCGGCGCCGAAUUAGUUAUUUACGGAGGUUCCGAAAUCAACGUCAAUCCGCCCGUAGUCAAUCGAAUUUACACUUCAAGGAGCAACAACAUGUUCCUGUUUUUCAGGGUGGACGACACGGACUGGUUCGACUGCAAAUGGAAAAUGAUUCCCGAACCGCAAACAACUGAAUAUCAACUCUGUCGGGAUGGAACGUCCGCCACUCCCAACGGGACCAUUCAGCUAUCAGCGGACGAUCCCAGCACAGAUCCGAGAAUGUGCAUGUUCGCCAUUACCGUUCCUUCGGACCACCGAAUUCAGUUGAUGUGCUCAAACGUUACCCUCACCAGCCCUGAAAACUUUUUACAGGUCCAAACGAUUUCCGAAACUGUGAUAGCCGAUCCACCUGCAAUGAAUCGGGUCUACACUUCGACUAGCGAAAUCAUUUACCUGUUUUCUCAAUUCAGCAAUCAAGACUAUUUCAAAUGCCAAUGGACGACGGUUAUGAUCCCACCACUGACAACUGAUAACAAACUAUGUCGGGAGAAAAUCACGAAAUCUGCCAGCGGAAACAUUCAACCGUUAUUGGCAAGCGGCACAAAUGUUCAACCGAAUUCCUGUUCGUUUAUCAUCGAAGUGCCUCCCAAUAAAUUGACUGAGAUUUCUUGCCCGGUCAUCAAUUUCACUAGCCCAGGCAGUUAUUUGCAUUUCAGCGAAAUUUCUGAUUUAAACAUGGCCCUGACGCCUCUGACCAACCGAGUGUACACUUCCGGCGUCGAUUUGAUUCAUUUGAAUUCUCAAAUUGACGUCAAUAAAGAUUGGUUUAAUUGCACAUGGUCAGCUAUUCCGGCUCCAUCGACGACGGAUUUCAAACUCUGUCGCCAUGGAGGAACAACAUCGUCCAGUGGGACCCUCCAACCAUUUUUGGAUGGUCUAACAACGGGAGAACCGAGAGAAUGCUAUUUCUUCAUUGAAUUGCCUUUGGAUGAACAAAUUGAGUUUUCGUGUUCAUCCAUUAACUUGUCAAGUCCUGGAAGUUAUUUGCGGGUCGUGGGUGUGUCUGAUUUUGACGAGAAUCCGCCCGUAGAAAACGGAAUUUAUUUGUCGAAUGGAACGAGAGUCCUUGUGUAUUCGCAAUUCAACAACGGCGAUUGGUUCGAUUGCAUUUGGGCGUCAACAACCUGCCCUGUUCCAGUGACGACAGACGCUGCUACUUCAACGCCAAGUACAACAGCAGUCACGACACCAGCGACUACCUCGUCGACAACUACCAGCGCACAGCCGUCCACCACAACAACAAGGCCAUCAACCACGUCGAGCACCACAACUUUGCCAACAACAUCGACUGCGCCAUCUACUACGACUUCAACAACACCACAAACUACAACGAUUUCAACUACUACCACCGUAGAGCCAACCACCUCAACAACAAUGCCAUCAACUACGUCGACCACAACAUCUGCGCCAACAACAUCCACUACACCAUCCACUACACCAUCCACUACACCAUCUACAACGACUUCAACAACACCCCAAACAACAACGAUUUCAACUACUACCACCGCACAGCCAACCACCUCAACAACUAGACCAUCAACUAUGUCGACCACAACAACAACAUCCACUACGCCAUCUACAACGACUUCAACUACACCCAAAACAACAGUAGCCUCAACCACUACCACCGCACAGGCUACCACCACAACAACAAGGCCAUCAACUACAACCACGCGACCAAGAACGACUACGGUCGCACCUGUGACCUGCUCUCCUGAAGUCUGGACCUCAGGAACUCAAUCACCUUGCGGGACUUGUACGAUACUGUCGCCAACCAGCGGGACAAUCCAGUCUCUUAACUACCCCAAUGACUACACUGCUAAAUUGACCACCGACUGCCUUUAUUUGAUCACUGCACCACCGGGCAAGAAAAUCCGACUGACAUUCACCACGUUCGUCGUGGAAAAAGAUUGGGACUAUAUCUCUGUUUAUGACCAAAAGUUCGGAACGAUUCUAGCGUCAAAACUAACCGGUUACACCAAUCCCGCUACUAUGACUGUCGCUUCUAAUAUGAUGGGAGUUACUUUCUUUGCGGAUGGGAGAAAUAAUAAUGAUAUUCCGGCCGCUUCGAGGCCUGGCAGAUGGCAGGCGACAUUCGAAGUGGUAUAAUUCAAAAACAACCAACUUGACUUGGUUCACGCCCGGCGGUCCUAUCCCCCGGAGCCAUUUGAAAAAUGUUUUCGUUUGACUGUGUAUCAACGAAUCAAUAAUUGGCAAAUCAAAUAUAAUUCGGCUU